AUGUCGGCACAAUCCGUUCAAGCAGCCAACUCGUUAUCGGAUCCUGGGCAACAAGGCACUCUCGCCUACGCCUAUCGUCGCUCGAUCAUCGCCCUGCACAGCGUCUUUGGCGGCAACUCGGAUGCUCAAUAUGCUGAACGCGAACCUCUGCUAAACCAGAACAACGCUAGCAACGACCCAAACGCACCUUCCGGUUGCAACACCUACGGAGCCGUCGCUUCUUCCUCUUCUCGUUCCGACUCUUGCCGACCUCGGAUUCGCAAACCCAACAAGCUCGUCUCGCAGAGCAAGGUGGAGGCCAAAGUCUGGUUCGCCAACGAACGCACUUGGAUCUCUUGGCUUCGUCUCUCCGUCCUCAUUGGUUCAUUCGCUCUAGCGCUGUUCAACUCGGAUACCUUUUUCAAGGAUGACAAUGGUCAACAUGCUGGUGGAGGACAGAAGAACGGCUAUCUCUCCUCGGGAUCCAUCAAAGCGUUUGGUGCUGUCUACGCUGGUAUUGCAGUCUUGACGCUGCUCUGGGGUCUGUACAACUAUCAGAGGAGGCUGACGUUGAUCAAGACAAAGCAUCCCGGUAACUUUGACGACCUGAUCGGUCCACCACUCGUUUGCGCUGCUUUGUUCCUUGCCGUGCUGCUCAACUUUAUCAUCCGUGUUAAGCAGCACGAUUACGAGAGUCAUGCAUAG